UAUUAGGUUUCAACGUCUGGCCACUCUGCACGAAAGCAAAAACAAACUAGUAAUUUUUUAAUACCAUUUUCCCCCUUGGCGCGAAUUUGCUGAAAAGAGAUGAAUGGAACGCGUAAAAUCAAGUCCAUGAGGACAAUUCGCCUCGGCGACGUCCUGUACGACGAUCAAAAACGCCUUCUUACGCUGUGCCGCAGCUGCGAAUGCCACUUCAUGACGCUCCAAUCGUUCCAGAGCCACCUAACCGAAUGCUCCGGACUAAAAGAUAUAGUAACGCCGAACGAACCGCUCGCAUAUGAUGACGCCAGGCGGGAAACGAGGCUGGUGAAUGGCAGGCAGGAGCUACACAUCUACGACCUGGAGGCGGUUAAGAAUACGAGCAGCACCAGCAGCUCCAUCGACUGGGAGGCUGAGCUGGAGGAUCCAAGAUGGUACACCGAUCCCAAGCCCACUAUGCAACCCAUUGCAAAGACCAAUGCCAAGGAAAAUAUGGUAAAGGAGUACCUAGUGCAGCUCACCGAGAAGUCUCAGGAACCGGAAGUGGUGCCUGCAAAACGCCUGCGUAGUCUUAGCACCUCCCGCCGUCCCAUUCUGACCGCUCAGCAGCAGCGUAGGUGCCGUGCCUCACUUCCAUCGCCCAAACCGACCACGGCGAAGACGAAAAAGGACACUAUCCUGGUGCCGAAUGUGCUGGAGGAUCUGAAGCGGAUGCAGGAGACGGAGAAAAAAGAAAGGAUUCCAGUGGUACCACCAACGGGUCAUAGUUCACCUCCUGUACGUUCUGUCAGGCCAUUGCAAUCAGGAGCUUCCAGGCCAAAGCUGUCAACUUCUCUAUUGGUUUCCAAGAAACUUUCUCCUACAUCGAAGCCUGAUAUACCAGCAUGUUCAAGGAUAUCGGAAGAGCCAGCUCCUGCCAAGAUAUCUGGCAAACUUCCUGCCCCCAUAACAACCAAAGCAAGUCCUCCAUUGGAAAGCCAAUCCAUGGAUGGCACCCAGAAAAUCCUAAACAAACUCAGAGCCUGUGGUGUGGAGGUAAAACGAGGAAGUACCCAUUUAAAUGCCACUCCCACGACUGAGCUAAAUCCGACCAAAAAUCAAGAGACCUUGGACAUCAUGCGAAAACUGCAAUCCAAGGGCAUCAGAUGCACCAAAGUGAAAAAAUCGUAGGGCUGCUAGUUAUAAUUUCCGUAGUUUAAAGAUUAUACAAUUAAAGGUGCCCCCGGAGGCGAGGAAUU